AUAAAAAGGAGGGAAGGUGGGAGAGCAGUAUGGUGUGGUGUGUGUUUUUUUUUGCUUGUUGCCUGCCUUCUCAUCUCCAGCAGAAGAAAAAACAAGCUGCAAUGGCCUCAGCUUUGCCUGACAAAGAGGAAGCUGCCAAGAGCUCCCCUGAGAUGAAGGAAGAGGAGCAGCAGGAUAUAGUAAAUCAGUUGGCUAACCUGACACUGAUCAGCUCUGCCUGUGACAUGGUUUCUACAGUUUAUGCCUCCACUAAGGAGAGCCACCCCUACAUCAGAACAGUGUGUGAUGCAGCAGAGAAAGGAGUGAAGAGUGUGACUGAAGCCACAGCCAGCUGUGUGCAGCCAGUUCUGGUUACACUGCAGCCUCAAGUGGCUGCAGCAAAUGAGUAUGCCUCCAAGGGUUUGGAUAAACUAGGGGAAAAGCUUCCACUUCUUCAAAAGCCAGUGGACCAGGUUAUCUCUGAAACAAAAGAGCUGGUGUCAUCCAGAGUGGCUGAUGCAAAGGAUGUUGUGAGCAGCAGAGUGGCAGAGGUGGUAGAUGCAACAAAGGAGGCCCUUCACAGUGGUGUGGAGGCUGCCAGAUCUGCAGUGACCAGUAGUGUGGAGAUGGUUAUGGACUCUAGAGUGGGCCAUAUGGCUGUAAGCAGAGCAGAAGCUGUGCUGGAGAGAACAGGAGAAGAUGACUCUCUCCCCAUUGGAAAUGAAGAAUUAGCCAGACUUGCAGCAUCUGGGGAGGGUGCAGACAUAAUGACUGUGGAGCAGCAGCAGGAGAAGAGAAGGUAUUUUGUGCAGUUGGGGUCUCUCUCUGAUGAACUUCGCCAGUUUGCUUACCUGCGCUCAAAGGAUAAAAUGAAGUGGAUCUGGCAGGGCAUGCAGGAGGCCCUUGGACAGCUUCACUGCAUCAUUGAGCUGAUUGAGGUGUUUAAGCAAGGAUUUAAUCAAAAGCUUCAGGAGGAGCAAGAGCAACUAUGCCAGAUGUGGCUGGACUGGACUAGGAAGCUUCCUGAAGAGAGUGGAGAUGGUAGCUCUGCAAAGCCAGAGGAGGAGAUGGUGUCUCUGGCUCUGCUCCUGGCACGCAGCAUCACACAGCAGCUGCAAGUCACCUGCUCUAAGGUUGUGUCUGCAAUCCAAGGCCUUCCCCCAAGACUUCAGGAUAGAUUGAAACACUCUUUUAAUGCCAUAGAGGAGCUUCAUGCUGCUUUCUUGGCAGCAAAUUCCCUGGAGGACUUGUCCAGCACUGUCUUGGGCCAGAGCCAGGAGAGGCUAGCUGUGAUCUAUGAAUACAUGGAGGAGCUGCUGGACUACCUAUCGGGCAACAAGCCUCUGUCCUGGCUGGUGGGACCGUUCUCCCCUAGGGAGGAGGAGGAAGCCUUGCAGGAGAAAGAAGCAGACGCAAGUUGCUGAGGAUCUUGAAGCUCCACAGGUCUGCCUGGCAUGACUUGCCUAGUGCUUGGUCUUGGCCUUACAUACUCCACUUCCUAGCUGAAAGUGGAGUUGUCACAUCUUGGAUGGUUAUUGGGUACUAGUAAAUAAGUCUUCAGUAGCUUCAAAGGGAGGUGGUGGAAUUAGCAGUGUCACUACUUGGUGCUCAUGGCUGAGCUUGAGGCUGGAAGAAUAGACCUGAAGGUCUCCGAUUCUCCCACCUCCCUAGGAAGCUGUUCAUGGUGUCUCCAUCAGUGUAUCCAGAUGGUGCCUUUAUUCAGGGCAAUAAUUGUAGUUGUUGUUAGUCCUUCAGCUGGUAUGCAAUUUUAAGGAUUCUUCCUACAAGCUGCUUGUACUUGGCACCCUACUUGAAAUAAAACUAUGGCAUGGAGAAACUGAUACUGUAUCUAGUCUCCCCUGAAG